UCAAAUUAAUUAAUGUCAUUUUGUUGAAUAAGUUAUGGCUAAGAGGCAUAAUAAUGGAUACGUAUUGUUUUCUCUCGCCAAAUUGUUCAUUUAAUGGAUAUAAAUAAUUCAGGACAGAGCAUCAAAACACUCGAAGGCACAAAAGAACGAGGAAACCUUUUGUUACAAAUCUUUAUACAAAAAUUAGACAACGAUAUAAUUGAGCACAUGGCUAGUAUUCUCCUAGACUUGGAUGACAUCGCUUAUAUAGAUGACAGUAUAGAAAACAUAGCAGAUAUAGAAAACGAAGAAAGGGCAUCUGCUAGGAAACGGAACACUUUAGUGGGCGAUCACAUUGAAGUAAACUUAAAUCAAACUCAUAUACAUGAGCUCCGAAGAGACAGAAGGGAAAAUCAAAGUGCAAAAAAUGCUUUGAGGAAGGAGCCAGACAAGCAUUUAGGUAAACUGAUUCAAUGUCCUGAACAAGAGAGAUCACUGAGGGAACUAAGAAGUGAGAGAGCAAAGCUACUGAAGAAAGUGGAAAGUGCUGCAAAGAAACCAGGAGAAGAGAGUCCAAGGUUGCAGAAGAAGGCAGACAAAUUGUCAACGAAAAGAGAAGAAAACAGUUUAAGUGAAGAAAACAGUUUCAGUCUCAUUAAGAGAUUGGGAAAUCAGACAAAGACAACAGAUUCUGUUCCGAAGCAAGAAGAAAACAAAUUACAAAUGGCAAACAGUAGUGACAAAGAAAACAGUGAUGACAGGGCAGAGAGAAGGAAUAACAAAAACACCUCUAAAGAGCAGGAUGAAGGUUGUCCUAAGAAACUCCUUGAACCAAACGAGGAUGGAAAAUUUCACAGACAGGACAAUUUGGAAUCUUUCAAAGACACUGAUAAAAUUCUACCGAAAAUGACAAAAGUAAAUUGUAGUAAAGUUAGCCCAACAGAAGAGAAGGCAAGAUUCUUUGUGUUUCCAUCUACUGCUGAUUAUCUUAGUCUGGGAGACACAAGUGAAACAACUCCAGCCCAGUACUCAGAGGAUGAGACUGAUUCCAAAUAUCAAAGGCUUCUGUCAGACAGUUCAAAUUCUGAAGGAUUUGCGUCAGAAAUAAGGAGGUAUACAAGAAGACCUCAAACUGUAGGCAAAACAGGGAGCAAGAAAGGGAAACGAAAAAAUCCCUAUAAUGUUAAGCCAGAGGAUAUACAAAAUGCUAUUGCAGCAUCAACAUGUAAGACAAUGGAGAUUAAGAUUGUUGUAACUGAUGAGGAAGGUAUCGACAAGGUCCAUGCUGGUGAAGGAACAAGUAAAAGUACUUCUAAGUCUAGCAGCUUAAGACUUAGCACAACGACCUCAGAAGCAACUACUCCUAUUUCUCCGUCGCAAGAAUCAAAGUCAUCAGGGUCAUUUAAUAAUUAUCUGCGGCAACUUUCGGAGGAGAAUGUAGGAAAAAAGGGAAAUAAUCUACUUCUUCAGCAAGAACUGUACAGGCAGCAGAAUGCUAAACCGUUUCAGAAAUUCUCAAAAUAUAAAUCUGGCCUAUAUCAGAUCGGCAUCGAAGGCGAUUCUAAACAAAGCUAUGUGAAAUCAAUGACUUUACUACCUGAUAAUCGAUUCGUCAUUUUUGACAAAAAUAACAAGUGCCUCAAACUUUUUGACCAUGAAUUCAAUCCAUUAGACAAAAUGAACAUCAAUGUGAAGUACUGUGGAUUAGCAGCAGUUCAAAAUUGCACAGUGGCUGCGUCCAUGCCCGAACUAAAGCGCCUACAACUAUUUUCGUGUCAUCCACAAACAAACAAAAUCAGUCGCGAAAAGACACUGCCAUUUGAGGCAGAAAUCUACGCAAUUGCUCACUACGACACCAAGCUCUACAUGUUACAACGAGUUAGAAAACACCACCUUACUGAAGCAGACGACUGGGUGGUUAAAAAGUUUCACCUAACUGGUGAGAGUGGUGAAUUGCCGACCAUACGCACGUUCAGUCCCGGUCACAAGGACUGUUCCCUGCUGGCCAACAAAAAUGGCCUGUAUCUGACAAACAGGAUCGAGAAUGAGGUCCUUCUGCUAGGGCAUGAUGGGACAUUCAAAUACAGGCAUAAGGUGGAGUAUGCCUUACCGACUGGCAUUACAGACGACAAGAUCGGUAACAUCUAUGUCUGCGGAGGAUCAUGGACGUCUUUUAUCGAGAUUAUCAAACCUGACCUACGGAAGUACCGCGUUAUCUACAAUAAAACGUCCACUUCUCCAGUGGCCAUGUGCUUUGAUAAAGAGAAGAGCUAUCUGUACGUCGCUGAUAAGAUCCACAUGAACAUUCUACAAUACGAGAUCGAACAUACCGGAACAGUUCAGGGACUGAUGAAGUCACUUCUGAUUGGUCCAAGUCCCACUCCUACUAACAGCUCAUAACAUUAUAUUCAUUUUCUCCCAAAAUGCUCAUGAAUAAGAAAUUGCAUUUUCGUUUCAUAUUUUAUUAAGGACGUGGCUGCUUAUGGGAGCUUUUUUUUUUCAAAAAAAAUAAGGGAGCUCUGUUACUUAUUCCAGUUAUCUUUAACCUUUUUUAUCUUUCAAUGCUGUAGAUAUAAAAGAUACACAAAAAAUAUAAACAUGUCCAAUGAAUUACUUGAAAAGGCAUCGCAAUUUUCAAUGUUCCCAUCAAUUUUGUUUGUGUGAAUUACUAUGCAAUAUUUCUGGAAGAAUUUAGAUGCAACAUAACUAGAAUACAUAAACUGUAAAAAGCUGAAGUAUACAAUUGUACAUGUUAUACAUGAAUAUAGUGUGUAUCACAAUAAAUCAAAUAAACUAAUGCUAUAAAUGUACAAAUUGUAACAUAUGCAAGAAACAUAUCAUGAAAAUAAUCUCAUUUAAAAUUAUGCAGGUGCUUUUUACUAUUCAGUUAUGCAGAUGCUCAAAACGUUGAUCGAUAUUUUGAAUAAUAUAUGUAUUUAAUGUAUAUAUAUAUUCAUAUUUAGAUUAGUGUGUACACUAUUUCAUUGUAUAUUUCUAUUCUUGCACAUGUUUUUCAAUCCUUUAUAUAAAUACUAUGCACAUCAUUGAAUGACCACACAUAUUGUCCUUCUUUAAAAAAUUCU